AUGGUGGACUUAGUAGCUCAGAAAAUGCCCUCUGAGAAUGACGUGCACGUGGCCAGGAGCUUUCUCACCAAGAUUUUACGCAGUUCAAUGAGAAAGAACCGUUUCAAAGGGAGGAAUGAGCCCAUUGGCAGGCCUCACUCUUGGCACUCGACCAAGUUCAACGAAAACCAACUGGAGCCAACGAAAACGCAGUCUCCGCCCACCCCAGUCUGGCACAGCAGAUAUGACGCGAGCUCCUCAUCCGCAGACCUCACCUCCAGCUGGGAGCAGACAAACCUUUGUCGGGUCUCAGACCAGUUCAGCUCCUUGGGCAGCAUGGACAGCCUAGAGCACGUCCCACACCCUUACCCCGCUGGUCCCCUCACCCCUGCCAAAUCCAACAACAGCAUGGAGCACCUGGGAGGAGGAGGAGGAGGAGGAGGAGUAGGAGGUGGAGGGAAGAGGGACUCUGCAUACAGCUCCUUCUCCACCAGUUCAGGCACUCCGGACUACACUCUGUCCAAAAGCAACACCGCCUCUACGGAGAACGUCUUAUUCAAAGUCAGCCAAUGGGACACAGGAGGCAAACCCAUGAGCAACAGAAACCCCCAAAGUGAAGCUCGACCAGACGACCGGCUCACGUAUUUCCAAAUUCCAGGAUGUGAGGGUCAGCACAGUGAAGACCAGGCCGGCUCCAGGGUCUCCACCUCUAGCCGCUCCAGCUUCGGCCCGGUUUGGCACGUGCCGGAAAAGACCAAAAAGACCUCCUCGCCAUCGCCGCCUCCUCCCGCUCCUCCCACACGCAGUGACAGUUUUGCCGCGACGAAGCAACAUGAAAGGGUGCACUCUACUGGUCACUUUGAGGAACCGCACGUGAAGAUGGCGAUGGACCAUAGACGCAGUUUCAAUCUCUCGCCGAAUCAUGACUCUGACAGUUUGGCUCAAAACACACACAGUCAGGCAACUGCGAGCAAGCAGCAUUCCGUAAAUGUUCAACACCACGGAGACAAAAGCACUUUCUACCCCCAGCCAUGGACAACCACUGCCGCGAAAGCAUUCAAUAACACGCAGGAAACACAAAGUAAUGGCUCUUCGCAUCAUGGUCAAAACCACAGAAGGAACCUAAGCACCUCUUCUGUAGCCACAGCCUCCGAGCAAAACGAAAACUCAAACUGUUACUUCUGCGUCACACCGAACCAGCCGUCGCAGCCGUUUGUGACCAAGGACAGGAAAAUGUCCACUUCUAGCGAACGCUUGUGUCUCAGCCCGCAAACUGUGACAAAAACGCGAUAUAGUCUGCCCCCGCCUCAACACGCCACUCAAGCGAAGGCUAUGGAAGAGCGAGGAACGCCAAAUGCAGAAACUCCUUAUAUGAGUCAUGCUGUGAGUAGGAUUUCUGAACAGCGCAGGUCGAUGCCAGUGCAAGCUCAAACGCCACACGCAGACGUAAAGCAUGAGGUGUACAACAGCAAGAUCUGCCCUAAAGCCACCCCAAUACUCCACUCUCUGUCUAUGGACGCCAACACCAACCUGGACGAUGGAGGCGACGGUAAGAACAUGCAACGUAACGACAGGUUCGCCACAACGUUAAGGAACGAGAUCCUGAUGAGACGAGCCAAGCUGCAGAAGAGUAAAAGCGCCGCCACUCUCCCCGCCUCCGAAACUGAACUGGAGGAAGAUCAAGAUGUUUGGAAGUCAUCGGAAAACGCCACUCCCACAUCCAAUGCUUACAAGGACCACCUGAAGGAGAUGCAGGCGCGAGUGCUGAAGGCCACGUCGUUCCGGAGGAGAGACCUGGAGCCGGUUCUGUUGGAGAGUUCAGAGCUGUCCACCAAUUACACGUCUGUGGCUCGAAAAGAGAGUUCUCUGCCUCCUGUUUCCGAGUCCGUACGAAGCAAAUCAGGACCAGUGGCUCGAAUCGGAGGACGCAAACGCUUUCCCACAGAGAAAAAGGUCAAAUCCUUUUCGGAGCCGGAUCAGAUUCAUCAUGUCGGGAUGAAGGAAGAUCCAAGUUUAGCUGCGACUUCAGGAGCAGCUUCGUAUGAUCGCAGUGCGGCGAAGAGCCAAACAGACGUCCGGCCCCAAUCCUUAGCAGGAAGUCGAGAAACGGGUCCACCUCCAACAAGAUUUCCAGAGGAGGAGAUUCAGGGAGGCUUAUCUGUUCCUGAAAAUCAAAGGCUGGGGACUUUUGCAGAGUACGAAGAACGCUGGAGCAUACAGAAGAAGCCGGCGGUGGAGAAGAGAGCGUCAGGACGAUACAGAUCGGCCGAUAAUAUUCUGGAUCACGGGACGGAGGAGCGACACCAGAGCAGCAGCGGGUUCCACGAGAGAUCCAGGUCCUCUCCAUCAGCGGACGUCUUUGCACAGAGGUUUCCUGCUCCUUCUCAAAAGUCUGAGAGUGAGUAUUCCCAGACUGGGGACCGCGUACCUGCAGAACAGCCCACAGCAGCCACAGGGAGGAGCGAGCCGGAGAGGGAGCCUCCCACUGCCACCAGCCCCAGCCUCCAAGAUCCCAGAGGAGACCCAAAGACCAGCAGCGCCAGCACGGACUACACUUUAGCUAACUGUAGUGAUAGCUCCUGUCUGCCCCCUCUGCCCGCCCCCUUGCCCACAGCAGAGCAGUGCGAGGGGACUGUGGACAAAGGACCAGAAAAGCUCAGAGCAUCAUCCCACACAGAGAUAGGACGAAACAACAUGGAGACACGGCGCUCUCCCUCGCCACAGUUCUCCCCACAGAGACUCAGCGACAAACCCCCAGUGUCUCUCCCAGAAGACCCCUCCUCCAACAGGUUUGAGUCUGUGACAGAAGCUCAGAAUCCAGCCGUGAAGAAAGUUCCCAUUCGGAUCAUCCACUCGGAGACAGCUGCAGAGAAGAACUGUCCGUUUCUGAGACACCCAGACCCAGUCCCAACGGAGACCAUGACCCGAGUCCCCAGUCUCACCGCCGGGGGCCAGGACUCCGUGUUCUGUGCUUUCACACGACAGAAAGACCUUUACAUUAGCACCAUCACAGACCAGAACCUGAAGAACCACAGAGACUGCACCUCAGUGGACCAGAACCACCACAGUGACAGUACCUCAGAGGACCAGAACCUCCACAAAGACAGUACCUCAGAGGACCAGAAGAGGGCAGAGCUGGUGCGAGACAUCAUGGGGAAAGACAGGUCCCUGGUGGAGAUCCUGGACCAAAGCCGGAUGAGGACCACCAUGGACCUGAUGGAGGGGAUCUUUCCUCAAGGGGAGCAGCUGGGGGAGGCGCCGAGGCGCCGGGGGUCAGUGAAGCAGGCCAGACCAACAGAGACCAGAAAGGAGAGCCCAGCGGCCGUUUCCAUGGUGACCAGUGCCACUUACUACAGUACGUCUGCGCCUAAAGCCGAGAUGCUGAUGAAGAUGAAGGACAUGCCUGAGGAAGAGGAGGACUCCGAAGAAGAGCUGGACCUAGACCUGGCCAAUAAAAAGCAAGAGUUGAUCGACAGCCUGACAAAAAAGCUCCAGGUGCUACGGGAGGCGCGGGAAAGCCUCCAGGAAGACGUCCUGGACAACAACGCUCUGGGGGAGGAGGUGGAGGAGCAGGUGCAGGCGCGGUGUAAACCCAACGAACUCGAAAAGUUCCGGAUGUUUGUGGGAGACUUGGACAAAGUAGUGUCUCUGCUGCUGUCGCUGUCCGGACGCCUGGCACGAGUCGAGAACGCUCUCAACUGCCCUGAGGAGGACGCCACGGCCGAGGAGAGGCGCACUCUGAUGGAGAAGCGGAAGUUGCUGAUUCGACAGCACGAGGAUGCCAAGGAGCUGAAGGAGAACCUGGACCGUCGGGAGCGUGUGGUGUGUGAGAUCCUGGGCUCCUCCCUCCACCAGGAGGCGCUCACAGACUACGAGCACUUUGUCAAAAUGAAGUCUGCGCUGAUCAUCGAGCAGCGGAAACUGGACGACAAGAUUAAACUGGGAGAGGAGCAACUCAAGUGUCUCCUGGACAGUCUGCCCCUGGACCAGCGCCUCCUCUGA